AACUUUUCUCCUCGCUUGCUUGCCCACAUUUAGAUUUGUGGUUGCUAUGGCAACAGCAGGACUGCGCAAUGGUGCUGAGCGUUGUUGUACUCGGUGUGCAUGUAAAUGCGUGUCUGCGCAUGGCGUGCUGGGGGUGGGCCUCUCCAUCACACCCCCAUCCUCCAUCAGUGCUGCAGCUCAGGCACGGGAGUCUUACUGAGGGGGCGGGGACUGUUCCGAUGCAGAGGGAUGCUCCGCAGCCCCACGCUGGACCAACCAGUCUGGAAAUCCCUGCUCGCAUCCACACAGCACGCGCAUAUACACACACACUCACACACGGACACGCUGACUGGCACCGACUCCCUCAAACUCCCAGCAUCUGUGCUCCAUCCCUCCUCUCCUCUCCUGUCUGUCCCCGGUCUCCUCUCUUGUCCUCUCUCACUGUGUCUCUUAUCGCCGCUCCGUCAGCCGCAGCUCUGACUCACUCAGCUCUUCUUUUCCCAAUUUGAGCCAGCGAGACCCGGGAACAUGUCCUCCAACCUGACCUCCGGGAACUCAGCCGGGGGCACAGGGGCCAAAAACAAGCCCUUGUCUCCCUUCAGGAAGAGGGGAAGCCUGCAGUACACAGCCAGCACAGUUGAUCUCCGUGGUACCCGCCACCUCCUCACUUCCCAGCAUUCCCUGCCUGGGAUCCCUGUGGCCUUGAAACAAUCCAUUGACCUACGUACUUCCAUGGAUGGAAAAUACAAGGAGAUUGCCGAAGAGCUGUUCUCACGCAGCCUGGCAGAGAGUGAGAUGCGGAGCGCCCCCUAUGAAUUUCCAGAGGACAGCCCCAUUGAACAGCUGGAGGAGAAACGCCAUCGCCUUGAGCGACAGAUCAGCCAGGAUGUCAAGUUUGAACCUGACAUCCUCCUACGAGCUAAGCAAGAGUUCAUGAAGACUGACAGUGCCUCAGAUCUUGAAUACAUGAAGGAGCAGAGCCAAAUUCCUGACCUGCAGGAGAGAGAACCGGUCCCUGAGAGGGAGUACCAGAGAGUCACUAUUUCUGGAGAAGAAAAAUGUGGGGUUCCAUUUACAGAUCUGCUGGAUGCUGCCAAAUGUGUAGUGAAGGCUCUGUUCAUCAGGCAAAAGUACAUGGGGCUGUCGCUGCAGAGCUUCUGCAGAACCACUGCUCGUUACCUGCAGGAGCUGAGUGAGAGACCCCUAGACUUAGAUAUCUAUGAGGAAGAGAUCCCAGAAACCACGGUCACUGCAAAUGCCACAGUGCACCCACCUGUUUCUAAAACACACCCCUAUGAGAACGUGGACCCUGCCAGCAUGCCCCCUGAUAUGGGUUACGGCUGUAAGAUGGUGGAUGGUGUUAUGCACUUGUACACGACGAGGAACACUAUGGAUAAGACCACAGAGCUGGAUCUGCCGUAUCCAGACCUGCAGGAGUACAUCGCUGAUAUGAACGUCAUGAUGGCUCUCAUCAUAAAUGGACCAGUAAAGUCCUUCUGCUAUAGACGUCUGCAAUACCUCAGCUCCAAAUUCCAGAUGCACAUCCUGCUCAAUGAGAUGAAAGAGCUGGCAGCACAGAAGAAAGUCCCACAUCGAGACUUUUAUAAUAUCCGUAAGGUUGACACGCACAUUCAUGCUUCCUCUUGUAUGAACCAGAAGCACCUUCUACGUUUUAUCAAAAGAGCCAUGAAGAAGUAUCCCAAAGAGAUUGUACACAUGGAAAGAGGCAAGGGUCAGACACUGAUGGAGGUGUUUGAGAGCAUGAACCUUACAGCCUUUGACCUGAGUGUUGACACACUGGACAUGCAUGCAGAUCGUAACACUUUCCACCGAUUUGACAAAUUCAAUGCCAAAUAUAAUCCCAUUGGUGAGUCCAUCCUGAGAGAGAUCUUCAUCAAAACGGACAACUACAUUGAGGGGAAAUACUUUGGUCACAUUAUUAAGGAGGUGAUGGCCGACUUGGAGGAGAGCAAGUACCAGAACGUGGAGCUCAGGCUGUCAAUCUACGGCCGCUCCAGAAACGAGUGGGACAAACUGGCCAGAUGGGCAGUCAAACAUCAGGUCUACUCCGACAACGUGCGCUGGCUUGUCCAAGUGCCACGACUCUUUGACGUCUACCACACGAAGAAACAGCUGUGCAACUUCCAAGAAAUGCUGGAGAAUAUCUUCAUGCCUCUGUUUGAGGUUACGGUCGACCCCAGCAGCCACCCAGAGCUGCACCUCUUCCUUCAGCACGUUGUGGGGUUCGACAGCGUGGAUGAUGAAUCAAAACCAGAGCAACAUAUCUUCAACCUGGACAGUCCGCUCCCAGUCAACUGGACAGAAGAGGACAACCCGCCCUAUUCCUACUACCUCUACUACAUGUAUACAAACAUGACUGUGCUGAAUCACCUGCGCAGGCAGCGGGGGUUCCACACACUCGUCCUACGUCCUCACUGUGGCGAGGCGGGGCCGAUCCAUCACCUGGUUUCUGGUUUCAUGCUGUCCGAGAAUAUCUCCCAUGGGCUGCUGCUCAGGAAGGCUCCUGUGCUGCAGUAUCUAUACUACCUAGCCCAGGUAGGCAUCGCCAUGUCUCCUCUCAGCAAUAACAGCCUGUUUCUCAGCUACCAUCGUAACCCUCUACCAGAGUACCUGUCCAGAGGCCUCAUGGUCUCUCUGUCUACAGAUGACCCUCUGCAAUUUCACUUUACCAAGGAGCCAUUGAUGGAAGAGUACAGCAUUGCUGCUCAAGUGUGGAAACUGAGCUCCUGUGACAUGUGUGAGCUUGCCAGAAACAGUGUACUGAUGAGUGGAUUUUCUCAUAAGGCAAAGCGUUACUGGCUGGGCCCAAACUACAUUAAGGAGGGACAGGAAGGCAACGACAUCAGGCGAACCAACGUUCCUGACAUCCGUGUGGCGUACCGGUACGAGACCAUGUGUGAGGAGUUAAAUUUAAUCACACAGGCCAUUCACACAGAUGAGCUGGAGACCAUCAGAGAGGAGGGAAGCCUUUGUAUGGGAGCUGUGCAGGCGGAGAAGUGACCAUGCUGAACAACACAAACAAAAUUCUCACCACAUUCCGUGUUUUUACAUCAGGACAUUGCACAGAUUUACAUAUAAACAUAUCACAUCAUGGAAAAAGAGAAAAGCUACGCUAUAGGAAGAUAAUGAGAGCUGCUAGUAGCCAAUAUCAGAGAGAGAAUUUACAGUCUGUGUGCCCAAGGUGUUUGCUUCUUUCUUUAUUUUAUCACAGUAAUUAGAAUUUCAUGACAUCUCUUGUUCUUUAUUUUGUUUUGUUUUUUUAAUGGUUGGUGACCAUGUUGUGUCAUAUUUACAUGUUGGUACAAUGUAAUUCUUCCUGUAUCAGAUUUGAGCAACGUUCACAUUCAAAAUUUUAUCAAACUCAUAAAAAAAUACACUGGAUCCAACAAAGAAAGAAGACAACCUAACUCCAGGGUAACUCCAUAAAGGUCUGGAGCUGAUACAGAGGACACUGAGGUCCCGCUCUUUGAGGCCUUUCUUAAGUAAACCAAGAUGAACUGUUUUGAGUAUCCAUAAAAGGUUUAAACUCUUAACAAAGGAGAGCGCACAGAAACUAUCCAACUAUGUCUCAAAAGUAAGGCGGGUGUUCAAGGCACCAGUAAUGCAGGCCAUACAAAGGAUAUAUGGAUGAGUGGAAAUGUAGACGUGGAAGGCUGCCAGAGAAAUGGAGCAUAUGAACUCCCAGGCUUUUAUAACCUGAAAUAACCUGAACCUUAAACUUAAACUUAAGCAAAGCACCAUACAGCAAGAAUUCACAUUACCUUUAGAGCAACAAAAUAAACUAUGCCUCUGCAGUCACAGUGAUACCUGAGGAAAGAGUUAAACACUAGCGUGGACUCAAGGACAAACUGAUUAGAAUUCAGUGGUCGAAGAUUAACGUCAUCGUGACUUCACAAAUUCAUUUUUUUGGUCAGACUAGUGACACUACUCCUUUGUAUUCACUUUUACUUCAAAAUCUUUACAACUCUUAUUUUUUCCCAUAUUAUUUUCUAUAUCUCUUAUUACCUAAUUUUGCCCCUAAAUUGUAGAAGUCUAUCUCAUGAUAAAGACAGAGGCAAAGCUAGAAUUUCUUGGCCUGUGAUAAACAAAUAUCAGAGAACUAAUUAGGUCAGUUAUUUUCCACACCCUCCAAAGGCCUGAAUGAUGCUUAAGUCCCAUUUUUCUCUGUGCACACACCCACAGUAUUAGUAAAUCAAAUUUGCAUCUACAGAUUGUGGUUUGUGUAACAAGCUGAGCUGCAGCAGUCAUGUCCUUUAUAUGAGCAGGUGAUUGAUUUUGACUGAAUGGGGUCGCACGUGUUUCCAGUCACACUAAAUGAAUUAUUAUUGGGUUAUUUGAGACUUAGAUGUUCAAAUUAUUUUGACUUGAGUGUUUCAUGGCAAAUUAUUUUGUAGCUCCUAGUCUAGUCAGGGGGUUUUGAUCUGUUUAUAGUGAGUCUGUUAGAGUUUAUUAAAAGUUUAAACUGCUCCAGUAACAUUUUUGUUUCCUUGUAGAAAAGGAAUUCACCCCGAGCAGACAGAAACUUAAAAUGCUAACACACCCAUUCCUAAAUCAACAGUCAAAUAAAUUACAAAUAUAACUUAUUGUUUAAUAGUUUCUGAAAUCGUGACAUUUACUAAAUCAUGACAUUUGUAGCAAAUCGGUUCAGCAUCCAGUACGACAGCCUUUUAAUAAUGUCCAUAGUAAAAAUGGCGAAAGUGGUUGAAUUGUUGUGGGUAUAUGGUUGACAUUUCUGCUAUAAUUACCCACAGGACCUUAUGCAGGGUAACUAGCUUAAAAAGUCUCAGUCUUCAGAUAGUUUUACUGUUAUUUUAGCAGUCAUUUCAAUGACUCAGUGCAGUGAGGGCACAUAAGCAUUUGUGUGCAGUGAUGCUUCUCAUUUGUAUUAUACUCCUAGUUUGUGACAUUGUUUCUGGCAGUCUAAACUUAAUUGUAGUACCAUCUGUCCUUUACAUUAAGUUAUUUCUGAGUAAUAGUACAGUGAGUGGUGCAUGCUGAUCCCCUCCCUCAAUGUUUCCUCCUUGCACAAGUUCAACCAUUGCCAAAUCCACAAAAAGUCAUUUUUAUACAGAACUGAGAAUCUGCUAACUUGACAAACUCCUGCCUUCAGUUUAGGUCCUGCUGUCAUCAAAAGGCUGCUUGUUGCUAUUUCAAAAGCACCGUGUGUCCUCCCACAGAAACGUGUGUGCUGUUUGUAAAAUGUUCAGUAAUGCUAUUUGUGUCUGUAAAAAAUAAA